GGAUAUGAGCAAUAAUAGUUUUGAUGUAUCAGAAAUUCCCGUGUGGUUUACCGAAAUACAGUCUUUGACGACAUUAGUGAUGGAAAAUACACAACUUGAAGCACACAUUCCAGUCAAUCUUUUCAGCCUCCCUCAAUUGGAGACGGUGGUACUAAGCAACAACAAGCUUAAUGGGACACUGGAUAUUGGCAACAGUUAUAGCAACAAUUUGACCGUUGAUUUGCAGAACAACUCCAUUAGCGACUUUACACAGAAAGCAAGUUACAAUAUGGUCUUGAAGCUUGUGGGCAACCCAAUUUGUCAGGGAAAUGGAGCAGCAGAACGAUACUGCACAAUUCAGAAAUCCUACCCUUCAAACUGCACACCAACAAAUAACUGCACUACUGCGGUCUGCCAUUCAGGCAGUAUAUCAAGUCCAUAUUGCAAAUGUGCAUAUCCAUACACAGGAACCUUACACUUCAUUUCUAUUUCCUUCUCAAAUUUAGAAAACUCAAGUUACUUCAGAACCCUUGCGGGGUCUUUGAUGUCAGCUUUUCUGUCCAAUAAACUUCCUGUGGAUUCAGUGUCUCUUUGUGAUCCAACUGUCAAUUUAUACUCUUACCUUCAGAUCAAACUGCAAAUCUUUCCUUCUGGUCUAGAUCAUUUCAAUAGAACAGGAAUUUCUACAGUUGGUUUUCUGCUCACCAGCCAAUCUUUCCCAAUUCCAAAUUAUGGGCCUUACUUCUUUAUUGACGAGGGCUAUUGUUGCUUUGCAGGAGCAAAAAAACCAUCUAAAACAGGCAUUAUCGUUGGAGCAGUAGUUGGUGGUAGUUUUGUGCUUGUACUUUUAAUACUCGGUGCAAGAUUUUGUGCUUUCCAUCUAAAGAGAAAAGCAAAACGAGCAGUUCAACAGAGCAACCCUUUUGCAAAUUGGGACCGUGAUGAAAGCAGUGGCGGUGUUCCACAACUUAAAGGAGCUAGAUGGUUUUCAUUUGAAGAGCUUCGGAAAUGUACUAACAAUUUUGCAGAAGUGAAUGCUAUUGGAUCUGGGGGCUAUGGGAAGGUUUAUAGAGGAACUAUUGCCUCUGACCAAUUAGUUGCCAUCAAAAGAGCUCAACGGGGAUCAUUGCAGGGUGCUCUUGAGUUUAAGACUGAGAUUGAGCUUCUAUCAAGGAUCCAUCAUAAGAAUGUUGUCAGCCUGGUGGGUUUCUGUUAUGAGCAAGGGGAACAAAUGCUGGUCUAUGAGUAUAUUCCAAAUGGUAACCUGAAAGAUGGUCUUUCAGGGAAGUCAGGAUUCCGAUUGAACUGGAUGAGGAGACUUAGAAUAGCCCUUGAUUCAGCCAAAGGUCUGGCCUAUAUGCAUGAGCUUGCCAACCCUCCCAUCAUACACAGGGACAUUAAGUCAACCAACAUCCUACUAGAUGAUCAUCUAAAUGCAAAAGUUGCCGAUUUUGGCUUAUCCAAACUUUUGGCAGAUACCAGUAAGAGUUAUGUUAGCACUCAAGUCAAAGGGACAAUGGGAUACAUGGAUCCUGAAUAUUACACGACCCAACAGCUGUCUGAGAAGAGUGAUGUUUAUAGCUUUGGAAUUGUGUUGCUGGAGCUGGUAACUGCAAGGGCACCAAUAGAGCGAGGGAAGUACAUUGUGGUAAUGGUUAAGGAUGCAAUUGCUAAUUCAACGGAUCAAUAUUACAUUCGUGACAUUCUUGAUCCAACCCUCGGUUCAAGUGCAAAACUUGGAGGCUUGAAAAAGUUUGUGGAGUUGGCAAUGAGAUGUGUCAAAGACUAUUCAUGUGAGAGGCCUACAAUGGGUGAGGUGGUGAGAGAAAUCGAGAACAUCAUGCAGUUAGCUAGUUCGAACAAGAAUUCUGAAACGGAGUUCGCUUCAUCAAGUAAUGAGGGGAUGUCUGACUGGGGUAAGGCCUUUGAUUACAGUGGUGGCUUCUUACCUCGUGAUUUGGAGGGCCACUGGUAA